UCCAGUCGAUCUUUUUAGCGGAUAUUUUCACACAAGAAGUGAGCAGUGUCAUGAGUUUAAACUUUUAAAAAUGUUCAUAGACUCCACGAGUAUUUUCUAGUUUUUCAGACUCAGUUAUUUUGACCUGGACACUUGUUGGGUUGAGUUUUCCUGCUUCAUCAGACAAAGUUGAUUUACCUAAACUUAUGUGGACGAAUCAUGUUGUGACAAAUUACUUGUCCCUUGGUUUUGAAGAGCAGAGUGACUUCAGUGGCUGUCAUGACACACUCAACCUUAAGAUGGACCUUUAAGAUCCCUAUAGGUGACCUUUUAUGAAGAUGCUCUGCAUUUCCAGUCACCUGAUCCUCUUCAAUCCACCUGGGCAUCCGGGUGAUUGAUAGCAUGGGUUGGACUGGCUUUUAGAAGCGCAGUUCACCCUGAAUCCUAAGUUCCCCUCUCAGGUCUGUCUUGACCCAAGUCAGCUGUCUCUCCAUCUUGUGUCCAAGUGGACAAUUCCUGGACUGAGUUUUUAAAGUGCAGUCAAGACUCUUCUGUGCCACUGACACAUCACCUAACCCUCCAGGGCUUGGGCAAGAGCAGCAUCUGCAACAUGAACAAGCUCAGAGGGGGCCCAGGCCCCCCGCCGCAGGACAUUUAUGAAUUCUCCCUGGACGAAGACGAUGCCAAGGUCCUGCUGCGGGGCAAAGCCAUGGGCAUGGUGUCUCCCUUGGCCGAGUACAUCCAGAGCGAGCACCACAACGGCGGCUUUUUCCCUGUGGUGCCGCCCGAGGCUCAGGACACCAGCGGGGCAGUGUCUCAGCAGAAGAAGAAGCGGAGGAGGUGCGGCGUGUGUGGCCCUUGCCUGCGCAAGGAGAACUGCGGCACUUGCACCAACUGCCUGAACCGCAAGACCGGCCACCAGAUCUGCAAGUUGCGCAAGUGCGACCAGCUGAAGAAGAAAGCUAGCAGCUGGGAGGUGGGAUAUUUUGAAGAGGACAUAAAAGACCGGCCUCUAAUCCAGAAUCUGGCAGCAGAGACUGUUUCGAGGGUGGCUCUGGUGCAUGGCCCCAGUGGACGUGGCCAGAUGGAAAUCGGGUCCCAUGACCACCUGGUGGACGGCGUGCUGAGCCAGGAACCGGCCAAUGGCGUGAGCAGGCACCUCACCUGCGAGGAGGGAGACUUGAGUGGAGGCGAGGGCGCCGGCAGAGGAGGGAGGCCUCAGGUCUGGGGAGCGGGCGCCGUGAGCCAUGACAAGGCCUCCUACCCCCAGGGCCAGGCUCCACCGCAGUCCCAGCAGCUACAGCAGGACUGCUGGAGUGGGGGCACACUGAACGCCGUGGACAUGGAGGACGCCAGGAACCUGGUGGCGUUCUCGGCCAGCGCCGGGUCCCUCCUGUCGUCGACCGGGCCCGAGUCUCAGCCCUGCACGGCGCAGCUGUACGAGAAGUUCAACCAGGAGAUGGCGGCCGGCAGGGCAGACAAGGGCGAGCGCUGCCCGCCCGAGGACAUCAACACUCUCCAGACGGCCCUUAGCCAAGCCAGGCAUGGCCACAAGCCCCCCAACUGUGACUGCGACGGACCCGACUGCCCCGACUACCUGGAGUGGCUGGAGAAGAAGAUCAAGCUGGCGGCUGAUAGCCAGCAGGGGGAAACACACUGCAAGAUGUCCGAAGCACUCCAGUCACAUCCCCAACCCCACCAGGCUUCCCAGCAUCCUCCUCCCCAACCCAAUGGGGCAAGCAGCAUCUGUGGGCAGGGCGCUCCUGCGCAGGCCCUCGGUGAAAAGCCUCCAGCACUCAUUCGCUGCUCCCCAGCGCCCAUUCCAUGUUCCCCCAGCGUGCUGUCCAUCGCAAAGGAGAAGAACAUCAGCCUGGAGACGGCCAUCGCUCUCGAGGCUCUCACCCAGCUGUCGGAUACCAUCCCGCAAACUGUGGACCCUCCGGCGGAAGCGUCCAUUAAUCACCCCCAGCAGUACGCGGCGCACCAUCAGUCGAUGCAUCCCCAACACGGGACCAGGCUGAUGCCAUCAUCCCCCGCACCACUGUCCUCUUCCUCUUCCUCCCAGAUGCCCCAGCAGCAGCAGCAGGCCGUCCGUCCUGGCGUGGACCCCCAGCAGGACUCCCGCUCCUGGGAGCAGCACAGGCCCCAGUCUCAGGGGGAGGCACCUCGCACGAUGAUGCCUCACCAUCCCUCCCAGUACUCGCCCUCCGUCUCGCCCUUUACGGGUCCGCCGCACCCCCGGGACGGCACCCGGAGCCCCCUGCCCCAGCAGUGGCAGCAAGGCCCUCGCGGGAGCUCCCCCAGGCCCACGUGGAUGGGGGUGAUGAACCCCGAGUCCCAGCCCCAGUUCGCUCCCCCGCCCCAGGGCAGCAACGACCCCAUGUCCGAGCUGAAGCAGCUGCUGGGAGACGCCAGCGGAAAGUACGUCAACGCCGGGUUCAGGUUCCCCGCCCCUCAGCCCCUGCCCAACGACAUGGCUGGCCCGCACCCCCGCACCCCCAACAUCAAGCAGGAAGUGGAUGGUGGCGAGUACCUGAACUCGGCCAUGGCGCGUUACGUCAUGAUGAACGGGCAGCAGCUCCAGCAGCAGUACCCCGGGUCCCCCCUCUCCCCCGCCACCCUGUCCAUAAGGCACUCAACUCAGGCAGCACUUCAACAGCACCUUCACCACAAGCGAAACCUCUUCUCCCACUCCCUGUCCCCCGGCCAGCGGGCCCCCAUGGCCUGCCAGAACCUGCGCAAGUGGUGGCCCCAGAUGCCGGCAGACAUGCCCAUGAUGCCCAUCAAGCAGGAGCCCAAGGAGCCCAAGAAGAAGACCCCCCAGAGCUCCCCGCUGACCAAGCUGGGGCCCCCCUUGCCCAAACCCAAACAGAUUGUCAUUAAGAAGGUCAAGCAAAAGGCUUCACAGCCCACCUUCCUCCCACAAAAUCAGAUCGUCGUGCAGAAGUCCACGGCGAAGGCCCAAUCCCUCGCCGCUCAGUUCCUGCCCGGCAUGGGGGCAGGGUCGGUCCCGGCGUUCCCCUUCCCCAACUCCUCUCAAGCUGUCGCGGCACCCGUGCCCCCAGCUCAAUCUCAGGAAUCCAUUUUGAACGGUUGUAGUGUAGUUCCCUCUUUGGCGUACAGCGUUUCUGGAAUCGCCCCGCCCGCGUCCGUCCCGCUCCCUGUUGCCCCGGCCGCACCACGAGACGACUCGGCGACCUCAGACUCCCACGGCGGGCCAGCGGCGUCUGCCGCGCUCGCCCCCACAACCUCCACACCUCAGACCUCCGCAGCGGCAGCUCAGCCCGCGCCCCUCCUCACGGGCCUCAGCUCACUCGACCCCAAGUUCGAGGACCUGAUCCGCCAGUUUGAGGAAGAGUUCGGGGAGACCCCCGCAUCCUCCACCGCUCCCGCCUCAGAGGCAUCCACAUUGACCACCGGCCCCAAUCCUCCCCAGCCAGAGGCCACGGAGCCCCAACAAGAUGCUAACUCAGGGCAAGCCAAACCCACGUCACCGCCUGCAGAGCAGCCCAACGCCCCGUCGGACGGCCAGCAGGCCAUGGAGGUCGGAGGAAAGCAGACCGAAGCUGGCGUUGCAAGUGAAGGCGCACAUCCAGUUUCCACCCAGUCCCUUGCUGUGAGCCAGACAAGUCAGCGGGGCGAGCUCCCCUCGUCCACCGCUGGUCCUCUCACGCCCAUCUCUCUUGACGCCCUCCUGGGGCCGGCGCAGCAGCAGUGCCAAAUGCUCCAGGAUCCCUUCGCCACGCCGGCGUCCAAACGCAUGAAGAUCGAAUCGUCCGGAGGCGUGACGGUGAUCUCCACCACCAGCUGUUUAACCCCCGGAACGGAGGACGACACCCCCACAAAGGACGGCCUCCCCAUGACGCCCUCCCUCAAAGGAUUCUUGGAGUCACCGCUGCGCUACCUUGACACCCCUACAAAAAAUCUGCUGGACACCCCUGCCAAGGAUAACCAGGCAGAGUUUCCCCUCUGUGACUGUGUGGAGCACAUCCUGGAGAAGGACGAGGGGCCGUACUACAACCACCUGGGGGCUGGACCCACCGUGGCCUCGAUCAGAGACCUUAUGGAGGCCAGGUACGGAGAGAAGGGAGAGGCCGUCCGCAUCGAGAAAGUGGUUUACACUGGGAGGGAAGGAAAGAGUUCUCAGGGAUGCCCAAUCGCAAAAUGGGUGAUCCGGCGCAGCGGAGAGAAGGAGAAGCUGCUGUGUCUAGUGCGCCACCGGGCAGGGCACCACUGUGCCAACGCCGUCAUCAUCAUUCUCAUCAUGGCAUGGGAGGGCGUGCCACGCUUCUUUGCCGAUAAGCUCUACCAGGAGAUCACUCAGACGCUGACCAAGUAUGGCAACCCCACCAGUCGCCGCUGUGGACUCAAUGACGAUCGCACCUGUGCAUGCCAGGGGAAGGACUCUGAGACCUGCGGUGCUUCCUUCUCCUUUGGGUGUUCCUGGAGCAUGUACUUCAAUGGGUGCAAGUACGCCCGCAGCAAGCUGCCCCGCAAGUUCAGGCUGCAGGGAGACCGUCCUGAAGAAGAGGGGGUUCUCAGGGACAACUUUCAGAGUCUGGCCACUCAUGUGGCUCCUCUGUAUAAGCAGCUGGCCCCUCAGGCUUACAGCAACCAGUGUCAGCAUGAGAACGAGGCCAUAGACUGCAGACUUGGACUGAAGGAAGGGAGGCCUUUCUCUGGAGUAACGGCCUGUAUGGACUUCUGUGCUCACGCCCACAAAGACCAGCACAAUCUGCACAACGGCUGCACUGUGGUGUGCACUCUAACGAAAGAGGACAAUCGGUCGGUGGGUGUGCUCCCCGAGGAUGAGCAGCUGCACGUGCUUCCGCUCUACAAGGUCUCUAACACGGACGAGUUUGGCAGCGCGGAGAACCAGCGACUUAAGAUGCAGACGGGAGCCAUCCAUGUGCUAAGCAACUUUCGACGUGAGGUGCGGAAGCUCCCUGAGCCUGCCAAGUCUUGCCGUCAGCGCCGGCUGGAGGCCAAGAAAGCUGCGAUGGAGAAGAAGAAGGGUCCGAAGACGCCAGCGGAGACGCCAGAAAAGACUAUCAAAACCGAGACGAUCCACAGAGGAUCCCCACACCCCCAACAAGGCAAUAAAGCAAUCCCAAAACAAGAGAUGAAGCCCAACAUCAAAAAAGAGCCUGUAGAUCGAUACCAUUCCUUUAAUGGUGCUCUGCCACCGGGCUACCCAGCGCCAGGGAACGGCCAGGCAGCUGAGCCCUACGGGGGCAUUAACAAUGCCUACUCCUACCCUGGAUACUAUGCAAGAGGAGGCCUCCCUUCCAACAGCCAGACUCCUGCAGCAGCGCCCGUCAACGGCUUUCACCCCAAUCUUCCAGCACUGCCCUACGGUUAUUGCAACUACCCCCCCAAAGCACUCUUCCCCCCAGAGCUGAUGGGCUACGAGGGCCGCAGUGGAUCGUGGCCCAAAGGAGCAGCAGUAGCAGCUGGAGCCACAUCCUUCGACCAGAAGCCAGACGUUCAAAGCCUGCAAGCCAGGCUGGGACACGCCUUCCCCGAUCAGCCUGAGCGUCAUGCAGAAGACCCAGCUGUCCGCGGCUACGUCACCCCCUCCAACACCCCUCAGCCCCACGGACGCCCGAGCCACACUCCCACUCCCCCGCCAGAGCCUCGCAGAGCCACGCCAGUAAUUAAGCAGGAGCCCAUGGAUGUUCCGGUGUAUGGCAACUGCAGGCCGGACGCAGGGUCCCAGAGCUGCCCAGGCACUCCCAGCACCACCCCACAGCCCCCUGAGAGUUGGCCUGGCCACAGGCCCAACGGCCUGAUGUCCAAAGGCUGGGAGGGUCCGCACAGACCCGGUGCUGCCGACUCUCCCUUCACCCCAGAUAAGCAGAUGCUCCACCAGAAUCCCACCCAUCACCCUCAACACGCGUACCCCCAGCAACAGCAGCAGCAGCAGCAGUGGAACCAUUUCCAUGGCCACAACACCCCCAUGGCCUCCCCUGCUCCUUCUCCAUCACCGUCGCUCAAGCAGGGCUUCUCUCCAGCUCCAUCUCCUCACCCUACAACCCCACGCCACUGGGAAAGCCCAUCCCCGAGUGGUCAGCCCAAAGUUUGGCCUGCUGGCUUCAGCACAGCUGUGAAACUGGAAAACCCCGCAGGAGGUUUCCCUGACAAGAUGCUGUCUCAGGCGGGCGAGAGCCGUGGCUCCACUCCCCUUGGGCUCCAGGAGAAAGCUUGGAGGUCUGGCGGCGGUUCCGCUGCCGGCAGCACCCCUUCCCCAGCCCCUGAGGGACGUCUGUUCCCCGACGCCCUGCAGCGGCCGGACGCUCAAGGCUGCUGGACGCCCUGCAAGUCCGAGAGCGAGGCGGAGAGCCAGGGCGAGCGCGAGCUGGACGACGACGAGGUGUGGUCGGAUAGCGAGCACAACUUCCUGGACCCGAACAUCGGAGGCGUGGCGGUGGCCCCAGCACACGGCUCGGUGCUCAUCGAAUGCGCCCGGCGCGAGUUGCACGCCACCACGCCGCUCAAGCGGCCCAACCGCUCGCACCCGUCGCGCAUCUCCCUCGUCUUCUACCAGCACAAGAACCUCAACCAACCCUGCCACGGCCUGGCGCUGUGGGAGGCCAAGAUGAAGCUGCUGGCCGAGCGGGCGCGCCAGCGGCAGGAAGAGGCCAUCCUGCUCGGCCUGCCCCCAGAGGACAUCAAGGUCUUCGGCAAGAAGCGCAAGUGGGCCUCGGGAGCGGCCAGUCCCAGCCCGGGGCCGGCCAAGGACAAGAGGGAGGGGGUCGCCACACGACUCGCUCCCACGCUCAACACCUCCUCGCUGAUCACCGUGUCGUCCUACGCCUACACGCAGCUCACGGGGCCGUACAGCCGACUCGUCUGAUCACAGCCGUCGUGUCAGAGGUGUCGUGGGCCAUUUGGACUAGGUCAGGGAUGGCAUGAAGGAGUGCUGGACAGACAUACUGGUGUCGUCGUCACCCUGCACCUCCUCCUGCUUCUUGUUUCAGCUCUUCAACCCCCUUCCAGUGCACCCAAACAGGUGGGUGAUAGGCUGGGUGACAUUGACUUGUUUGCUCUUGUAUCUUUUUUUUUUUUUUACCUCAUAUUUGGUGGCAGUCGGGUUUAUACACUUGACAGACAUGCUGCCCAUGGUGCUCUUCUUCUCUCUUUAAUGAGAGGAUUUCAUUGUUCCCUCACCUUCAUUGAAUGACCCCCUAAUUAUUAUUAUGACUAUAAUUAUCAAUAUUACAAUUGCUAUUGUUACUGUAAACGUCUAUAUUGCAGGUAUUGUUGUUACAUAAUGAAGAUGAUUAUUUUUUAUUUUAAUAUUAUUGUUCACUCAUGUCGAUAUUAAUAUUUUUGACCUUUUUUAAACGGUCGUGUAAGAGUGACCUCGCUGUCACGUCUGAUGAGUUUCUAUUGUUUUUCUUUUUGGCCUUUUUCCCAUCGGUCGACCUCUGAAACAGAAGAGGAACUUUUUUUUUUUUCCACGAUGGCAAGACACAGGUGCGACUGCAAACUAAACUGAGAAAGAUGUAGACCUCUUUUGCUUAAAACAAUAGAAGGCAUCAAGGAUUAACACAAGGCUUCAAGGUGAAACUAACAAACGAGGAAAAUGAGCAUGUGACCAAAACAGAGAGGGGGGAAGUCCUGACGUGGCACCACCGGAAGAGGGUGCCUUGUCUGUGCCUCAGCCAGCCUAACGACGGAGAUCCCAAAAAUCUGCUUCCUAGAGUAGCAUUCGCCCCUCUCCUCUCCUCUCCUCUCCUCUCCUCUCCGGUGCUUCUUCAUUGUGUUUUCCAAAAGGGCGAAUCCCCCACGUGCUGCGCUGGCCUACAACUGAAGCUGGGUGCUCUCUUUCACAGCUGAUUUGCAAUCAGGCACAUCUACAGGCAGACGCAGGGGUCUUAAAUGUGGAGCCGAGGGAAUGAGCAAGGGUCUCAUGUCCCUCCAGUGAAAUGGUGCUUGUAUGGUUCUCUCUUCGGUGCUGCAGCAGCGUCUGUUGAUGGCCUACUGUCAUUCAUGACUCACACACAUGCACGCACACAUUCUCAUACACAGUCACUGAUACACACACACAAACACACCUCCAGACACUCCCUUCUGAGCACUGCACGUGGAAUUGUAGAGGAGUUCUCAUUUUCGGUCCUGCCUUUUCGAGCCAAUGGGACGAGUGCUGGGGUUUGGUGCUAAUAGGGGUCGGUUUUCUUUCCUCUCAUCAGAGAGGGAGGCAUUGUCUCCCCUGCCCCCCCUCUCCUCAGACCCUCACUGGAGAUUUAGGCAGAGGCCAAGCAUGACAUCAGCGAAGCAUGACAUCUCAGCUCUCCGCUUUAAGCCUGUGUGCAUGAGUGUGUGUCUGUCUGUGUCUUUCAGAUGAGUUUGUGUUGUGCUGUGUGUAUGACUGAGUGCUUGUGACUCUCUGUGUGUACGUGUGUGUGUGUGUGUGUGUGUGGUGUGUGUGUGUGUGUGUGUGUGUGUGUGUGUGUGUGUGUGUGUGUGUGUGUGUGUCACAUCUGUCAGGAGGAUAGUGAGGGCUACAGCUGGUUUUGCAGGGGGCUGGACACUGCAUGGUGCUUACCGCCAAUAGGGACCUUGGUGCUCAUUCGGUAGUGAGAAGCUCUCUAUACCUCAUGUUGUAGAGUCACUGGUCACUAGUCAUAGCAUGCUACAAACAUGCAGAUGCCUCAGAGCGAAUGCUUGCUGCCUACAUACACGUUGUGAUCUUUUUUUAUUAUUAUUAUUUAUUAUAUAAUAAUAAUGAUUAUUCUUAUUGUGGUUGUUUUUUCCAUUUUGUUUUUAAUGUUUCAUUUUAACUAAGAGAAAUUGUACAUAGAGAAGAAAAGAUUUUAUAAAAGCACUUUUAAUCCUGAUUUUAAUUGAGAAAAAAAAAGCGGAUUAUGGAUAACUUGAAACAUAGUUUUUGUUUUAAUGGAAGUUUAUUGGGAGAGAUAGAAAUGUAAAUAUUUAAAUAUUUAGGUAAGAUUAUUUAACUGGUGAGGUGUCACGACUACACCAUGAAUGAUUCCGGGAUUUCUAGUCAACAAUUGUCAGUAUGUCAAGCCCUUCAAACAACAGUAAAAGACAACCUGAUGUGUUUGGUUUGUAACAUGUAUACCUUAUACUGCUGUCCUGCUCUUCAUAUGUACUGUACUACACCAAUACCUCUAACACAAACCGCUCCCUCUCCUCAACAACCCUCUUUAUGAACCAGGUAACAAAACUCCUGUUUAAAAAAAACUCCAGACUGUUUUAGGAUGAUAGUGAAUAAUGAGAAAUAAAUGUACACAUAGUGAAGAACUGCUCAUUCUUUUUAUAUUUAAAAAAAACAACAACAAAAAAAAAACAAUUCACAGCGGUUAUGUUGGAAUCAUGAAUCAUAAAUUGUAUGACCAGAAGAACAGUCCUUCCCCAAAAGUCGAUAUGGCUGUGUGGCCGUGUGUUUUUAUUGCCCGACACAUUCUUAGAUCAAUCUCCCCGUCCCGUUGCAGCACUUUCUCUUCAUGACCAGUUUCCUUAAUGGACACACUCACUCUCCACCAGAUUUUUAAACCAUGAAACCUUUUUCAGAGUUUGAUGUAAACAUUAACAGCAACAGUACAACAACGGACAUUUUGUUAGCGUCAGAUAUUUUGACCGCUGUUUAGACUUAUUUGUGCAUGAGUAUCCCCUCUUUUGAACACCCAUUUUUUACUUUCCUCUCCAUGAAAGGAGAUGGAAGAAAGGAUUAGAAAGAAAACGUGGGAUCAUGCAACAGAAAGGUCUCUCCUAAAAAACAAUUGUGUUGAGGCCCAGAACUAUGGUGCUAACUCUGGAGUUCACUGUGGAAUAAUGGGAAAGAACUUAGAACAAUUUGUGUUUUUCGUAAGUUUGUUUUUGAGCUCUUAAAAUGAAAGGUGAACAGUUGUUUGCAUUUCUAAGUGUGCUGUAGGAAUUGUCUAUGGUGCUGAUCUUAUUUCUAAGUAAAAUUAAUGGAAACGUUUGUCACAUGUGAAUCAAAAACACUCAUCACUAUGAAAAGCACUCUUUCCAAGAUACUGUCUGUCCACAAUUACUAAAUAUGGUACUUGAAGAAGACUUUGAAUGCCUAAUUACAUUUUGCAGACCCGUAUGCUAUUGAAGAAAACAGACUGUUAGACAAAGAAAAUUGUUCUAGUGAAUUAGAUACAGAACAGAAUUGGACAUGGAAAAAAAAAAACUUUUUAGAGUGUUACCCAUAACUUUUUAUUUUUUAUGUAUCCACCCGCACUCACACAUACACUGUCACACUUUCUCCUAAAUGAUGUAGUGUGCCCCCUCCCUCUCGAUUCUUAGAGGAGUCAUGGUCAAAGCUAUGAUCAUAACCUAUAAUACACAGAUAUACAUAAGAAAACUGGCAGCUACAUUCCUUUAUGGGUUAAAGAUUGUUCUUGAUUCUGUUUUUUAUUUAAUGCCAAGUAUGCAGUAUGUAUAAAAGUGUUUUCUUUUUGUUCGGUCUCUCUCAUUGUAGCUGUGUGGUGUAUUAAGUGAAUAUAUAGUGUAUGUGGUUAAACCCACAAUAUUGUUUUAUGUUCUACAAUAAUGAGUAAAAAAAAGAAUAAAAAUGAAAAUUUAAAAAGAAA